AUGAAUCUUCCUGUGCCGGGAAACCUAACCCCGGAGCCUGAGCCAAACGCUAAACCGGUUUUACAGAGCGAGGAAUCCUCAACCGCAACGGUGGAACCUCCCUCUCCCAGAAACCCUAACCCACCUGAUCUCAACACAACGGAAGCAGUAACUGAAGAAUUCAAUGCGAAAAAUCCACUCCGUGAGAACGACUUGCAAGAAAAGAAUGAACAGCUUUCGGCAGAGCCUGUUGUGGAGGAGAAUGAUAGUGACAUGAUCGUCGUUACAACAGGAUGGGUAAUGAGAUAUCAGAAGCAACCAGAUGAGAUAGCACAAGAUGCAGUCGAUCUCUUGUUGAAACAUUCUGUAGGACAUCAAGAAAUUAGUAAAAGUGAAGAAAGUGGCCCUAGUAGAAAGAAAAACAAAAACAAGACCGAUUAUGAUUCAUCAUGGGUACCUCCUCAAGGACAAUCUGGUGAUGGACGGACUUCUCUGAAUGAUCGUUUUGGAUACUGA